AGUCCUGGUGCUGCACUAGUCUUCCCUGUCCAUUCUGGAGUCUGGACAAUGGAUCCUAUCUUCCUCGCGUCCGCAGUCACGACAUGGGUGCUCAACAAGCUGCUCGACAGCCUCAAAGACGCUACCAUCAAAGCGCUGCUGGGGACGGAAGGUCUCACCACGGAGGUGAAGGAUCUCGUCCACGCACUCGAUCGCGCCAACCUCAUCAUUGGCUCCUUGUCCGCCGGCGCCGCCGCCGGGGUCAAGCUCGGGAACCAGCAGCUGGGGCCGCAGAUCACCGAGGUGCAGCACCUGGCGGUCAAGUUGGCCAAGCACAUCGAUAAGCUCCAGUAUUAUGAUCUCGGGGAAAAGGUAAAGAAGACGAACCUGAAGGACUGCAACCAGUUAACAUCCAAAAUGAUGUCCCUUGCUCUAACAGGACAAUCCAAGGGGAAAAUCAAAAAAUCUGACCUCCAAGACAUGGGGCAUACUGUGAACAGUCUACAUAAGAUCUGUGACAUUGUUCACAAUGCUCUCUUGCUGGAGAAACUUGAUAAACUGUACGGAGCAACUCAAAAUACUAGCACAGAUGCACGUGAAACGGUAGAGAACUCUACAGAAACUAAGAAGUUCGAGAGGGAAGAGAAGGCUGGUAUUGUAAACACAAUUAUCGCAAGUGCAUCAAGUGAUCAUGACCUUUUGGUUCUUCCAAUUGUUGGUGAUGGAGGUGUUGGGAAGACUACACUCGCCCGACUAGUGUACCUUGACCCACAGGUGAAAGCUCAGUUUGACAUCAAGAUCUGGAUUUAUGUGUCUGCUAACUUUGAUGAGAUCAAGCUUUCACACGGAAUUCUGGAACAUAUAGCACCUGACUGGGAGUAUACAAGUACCAAAAAUCUCAAUGUGCUUCAGCUUGCUAUCAAGAAACACUUGCAAAGAAAAAGAUUUCUGCUUGUUCUGGACGACAUGUGGGAAGAGAGCCAGGGUCGCUGGGACAAUCUGCUGGCUCCACUUAGAUGUACAGAUUCCAAGGGUAAUGUGAUUUUGGUGACAACUCGAAAGUUAUCUGUUGCCAAUAUAACAGGCAAAAUGGAGAAUCAUAUCCAAUUGAAUGGUAUGGAUGGUGCUAUUUUUUGGCGCUUCUUCAAAACAUGCAUAUUUGGCUAUGAGAAAUGUAAAGGCCAAGGAAAGCUUCAGAAUAUUGGGAAGAAGAUAGCAGCCAAACUGAAUGGAAAUCCAUUAGCUGCUAAAAGUGUAGCCGCCCUCUUGAGAAGAAAUCUUAAAGAGGUUUACUGGAACAAUAUUUUAAACAGAGAUGAAUGGAAGUUACAAAAUGCAGUGGAUGACAUCAUACCAGCACUCAAGAUCAGUUACAAUCACCUCCCCUACCAUCUCCAACAGCUAUUCUCAUACUGUUCUCUGUUUCCGAAGGGUUUCAAAUUUGACAAGGAACAGCUAAUACGUAUGUGGAUUGCUCUUGGCUUUGUCAUUGACGAAAGAAAGGAAUUGGAAGAUGCAGGAAGUGACAACUUUGAUGAUUUGGUAGACCGGAGUUUCUUUCAUAGAGAUGAACAAUAUUUCAUCGUGCAUGAUUUAAUGCAUGAUGUAGCUCAAGAAGUUGCACUACAUGAGUGCCUAAAUGUUGAUGGCUCAGAUCCUUUGAAUAUAUUCAAAUCUAUUCGUCAUGUAGGCAUCUGGACUGACUGGACUGAGUCGGUUUACAAGGAACAAAUUAUAGAACGUCAUAUACGGUUUGAGCAAAAGUUGGAUGCAAUUGUGAAUAAGGAUAUUCUGAAAACCUUAGAAAGUUUAAUGCUUGUGGGUGUAUAUGACGAGAACUUCUCUGAAAAGUUUGUGGGCACUCUGAAGAAGCUAAGUUAUGUCCAGAUACUUCGGUUAUCAGUAAUGCCUUUCAAUGUGGACGUUUUGCUAUCUAGUGUCGAAAAGUUCAUCCAUCUUCGCUACUUAGAACUCAGGUAUAGUUCCGACAAGCACAAACCUUUGCCUGAUGCUAUUUGUAAUCUAUACCACCUAAUGGUUUUGGACAUCACCCAUUGGAGUGGCCUAAAUGAUCUACCCAAGUACGUGAGUAAUCUCUUGAACCUACGGCACCUGCUCGUUCCGGGGUCAGGAUCAUUGCACUCUAAGAUAGCCAGAGUUGGACAACUUAAGUUUCUGCAGGAGCUGAAAGAAUUUCAGGUUCAACAAGGGAGUGGCUUUGAGAUUUCCCAGCUGGAAGAACUAAAUGAGAUCAAAGGGUCGCUUAGUAUCCUUGGUCUCGAGAAUGUCAAAAACUAUGAGCAGGCCAGGAGUGCUAGGAUUGAAGAUAAAACACAUCUCAGGACACUCUCGCUCUCAUGGGGAGAAUACCGUGAUGUUCAGAAAGAGGUAAUGGAGGGCCUUAAACCCAAUGUUGACCUUGCACACCUUCAUGUGGUAAAUUAUGCUAGUGCUACUCCAACAUGGUUGGGAAACGUUUUCUCUCUGAGCAAUUUGGAAAGCCUCCAGCUCCAAGACUGUACAGGAAUGGAGACCCUUCCACCGUUUGAGGAGUUGCAAUUCCUGAAGAAAUUAUCAUUGAUCGGUAUGUCCUCUCUCAAGGAUGUCAGCAUUGACUUCAACUAUGAUGAUGAGAAUACAGUCGCCCAGUCAUAUGAGGAAGAUGAGCUCGAGUUAAGUGAAGUUGAAAUAAUAAGGUGUUCAUCUUUAACAACCAUAAGGCUUCAUUCCUGCACGGCAUUGACAAACUUAACCAUCAAAGAUUGUGGGGCACUAUCUUUCUUAGAAGGUUUACCAUCCUCUGGUGGAGUGGAGUAUAAUGUCAAAGAAUGCCCUCAACUUGCUGCUGAUGCCAUCUCAAAUUGAUAUGUUUGUUGCCAAACCUCUCCGAAGACAAUCUGAUAAUGUAAAUGGGAGGGCAAUUGGAUUGAGAACUUGGUAUUAUGGAUUCAAAAGGAAUCUGGAGUCUAAGUUGAUGUUGCGUACCAAAGUGAUUUCCGGUCUUCCUUAUUUAGUAUACUUUGUUGUCAUUCCCUUCACAAAAGCAAGUGUUGAUGCGUGAGAGUUUGAUCAUGUAUAAUCCAAAAAAAAAAAACUGUCGAAAUAAGUUGAAGAAUUCGUGGGUCAUGCUUGUUCUUCAUUAUAUGAUCUCAAUGGUGCGCUACACGCUUCGAUCUCUGUUUUCGCCUUUAUUUGAUAUUUCACUAGUUUCAUUUGAAUAAGUGGAUUCAGAUCGGUUGUUUCCAAAUUUUCAUUGGAUAUGUCCACUGAAUUCUCACGUGACCAAAUUUAUGUAACUUAUUAUUAGUGGACA